CAUGAUCCGGUUCGUAUUGACAAGUAUAAGUGAUAAGAUAAGAUGCCACGAAUUAGGGUUUUGCUUCGCUCUCACGGCGUCAUCGCUCGUUGCUUCACCUACGGAGGCCGCGCUGAAUCGUGAGCAGCCAUGAUCAUCCCCAAGAAGAACCGCCAUGAGAUCUGCAAGUACCUCUUCCAGGAGGGUGUGCUUUACGCGAAGAAGGAUUAUAACCUCGCCAAGCACCCGGAGAUCGAUGUGCCGAACCUUCAGGUGAUCAAACUUAUGCAGAGCUUCCAGUCGAAGGAGUACGUGAGGGAAACCUUUGCGUGGCAGCACUACUACUGGUAUCUCACCAAUGAUGGUAUUGAGUUCCUAAGAACCUACCUUAAUCUUCCCUCGGAAAUUGUCCCUGCGACCUUGAAAAAGUCUGCAAGGCCUCCUGCACGCCCAUUUGGCUCUGGCCCUCCUGGAGACCGUCCAAGAGGGCCACCACGGUUUGAGGGUGAUAGACCGAGAUUUGGAGAUAGGGAUGGAUACCGUGGAGGACCUCGGCCUGGAGGCCCCUCAGGUGAGGCUGGUGAGAAGGGUGGUGCACCUCCUGAAUUCCAGCCUUCUUUCAGGGGUGCUGGUGGUGGCAGACCUGGAUUUGGCCGUGGAGGUGGAGGAUAUGGAGCUGGUCCUGCAUCUGCUUCGUUUCAGUAGAUUUAUCCAAAUUUAGCCUGCGCGCACAAGAAAAUCAAGCACUUAGUUGAAUUUGUUUUUCGCUGGUUGGUGUUUGUAAUAUCUGCAGUUGAGAUUCAUAGCACUUUCGAAGUUGAGACGAGUCCUUGAUUGUAAGGUUAAAUUUUCAGUUGAACUUUCUUUUACUUUGUGAUGGUUAACAAAUUUUGAUUGUUCUUGCCACCUCCAAACAGACUUGUGCAGAUUUGGAUUGGAUUUUAGUAGUUAAUAUUGAAUGGUUAAGUUCUAUUUA